AUGACAAAAAUGCUCACAAAUUCCCUGUAUGUCGAUGACUUAAUCGCUGGGGAAGACGACGACGUAAAGACCGCCUUUGCUAUUUACAAGAAGUCGAAAACAAUAGUGGCCGAAGGUGGAUUUCGUCUAAGAAAGUGGAAUUCCAACUCCGCAAGUUUAAUCGAAGAAAUUGUGAAAUUAGAAGUGCCGAAUAAUGAAAUCCUAACAAGUCAGCAAACGUGCGAUUGUCCAGAUGUCACAAAGGAAGAUGACGAGUCGUACGCUGAAACAAGUACCACUUUGAACCGCCUUACUUCAAGCGACGGGAACACAGUCAAGGUUCUAGGAGUUAACUGGGACACUGUUAAUGACGACUUAUUCUUUAACUUUGACGAUUUGUACAAAUAUGGAAAGUCACUUCCGGUCAACAAGAGAUCGGUACUCAAACUUACUGCAAAGAUUUUCGACCCUUUAGGAAUUCCUAGUCCUUCCGUCAUUCGAUUGAAGAUAUUGUUUCAAGUUUUAUGCAGCGAGAAACUCGAAUGGGAUCAGCCACAUCGAGGAGAAAUGAACAAAACUUGGAACUUGAUAUUCGAAGAAUUGAAAUCACUGGGAUACGUCCGAAUACCGAGAUGCUAUUUUUUCCCUGGAAUUUCAAAGAUUGAUGUACAACUCCACUGGUUUAGCGACGCAUCAGAGAGAGCCUACGCAGCCAUCGUGUACAUACGAGUGGCAUACAGUGAUGGUCGCAUCGAGACGAGAUUAGUCGCAAGCAAAACCAGAGUGUCGCCUAUCAAGAAGCAAUCUAUCCCUCGUUUGAAAUUGCUUGGAGCUGUCAUAUUGUCACGACUCACGACAAACGUAUUGAAGACGCUACCAAAGCAAAUGAAUCGAGUGAAUUACUGGGUCGAUUCCAGAGCUGUGCUUCGUUGGAUUCAGAACGAUAAGCAUUGGAAACAAUACGUCAAACAUCGUGUAGACGAGAUUCGACAAAUGACACCAAAGAAAGAUUGGAGAUAUUGUCCUGGAGUGCAGAAUCCUGCUGAUUUACUGUCACGUGGGUUGACCGGAAAUGAAAUGGUGGACAAUUCUAUUUGGUGGGGCGCCCCGCAAUUCUUACAAUUGCCUGAAGAAGAGUGGCCUCAAGAGCAAGCUAAGGUCGAGACCAAUGAAGCCGCACUCUCCGAAGUUGUGAAAAACUCGCCGAAUGUGAUCCAUGUGUUAACAACCAGUGACGAAAUCCCGACUGAAGUCAAUCUCGCCAAAUUCAUCAAUUGUCAACAAGUCAGCUCUCUUGACCGCUUACUACGUGUUACAGCCUACGUACUACGAUUUGUGGAUAUCUUAAAGCGACGGCAGCAACACGCAAGGGCGGAAAGAAAGAAGAAUCAACCAAAGAAGAAGAUUAUCAAGAACUUAGUUCAAUAG